AUGGAAACCUCGUCAAUGUUGUCCUCACUGAAUGAUGAGUGUAAAUCAGACAAUUACAUUGAGCCUCACUACAAGGAAUGGUAUCGAGUAGCCAUUGAUGCGCUGAUCGAACAUGGGUUAGAAGCGUACCAAGAAUUUCUUGCCAAGGAACGAGUAUCAGACUUUCUAGCUGAAGAAGAAAUUAAUUACAUUUUGAAAAAUGUCCAGAAAGUUGCACAAAGUACAGCAUAUGGUACUGAUAACUCCUAUGAUGAUACCUCAUCUUCAGGGACUUACUGGCCCAUUGAGUCUGACGUGGAAGCUCCAAAUCUUGACUUAGGCUGGCCGUAUGUGAUGCCCGGACUCUUAGGUGGUACCCAUAUAGACCUCCUCUUUCAUCCACCAAGAGCACACUUACUUACAAUUAAGGAAACUAUUCGGAAGAUGAUAAAAGAAGCAAGAAAGGUCAUUGCUUUAGUGAUGGAUAUAUUCACAGAUGUGGACAUUUUCAAAGAAAUAGUGGAGGCAUCAACUCGAGGGAUAUCUGUAUAUAUUCUUCUUGAUGAGUCCAACUUUAGUCAUUUCCUAAAUAUGACUGAAAAACAGGGCUGUCAAGUUCAACGACUCAGGAAUAUUCGAGUGCGGACAGUAAAAGGCCAAGAUUAUCUUUCAAAAACAGGAGCAAAAUUUCAUGGAAAAUUAGAACAGAAGUUUUUGUUAAUUGACUGCCAGAAAGUUAUGUAUGGUUCUUACAGCUACAUGUGGUCGUUUGAGAAAGCUCACCUCAGCAUGGUUCAGAUAAUCACAGGACAACUUGUUGAGUCCUUUGAUGAAGAAUUUAGAACUCUCUAUGCCAGAUCCUGUGUCCCCAGUCCAUUCGCCCAGGAAGAAUCAGCAAGGGUGAAGCAUGGCAAAUCACUCUGGGAGAAUGGCACCUACCAGCGUUCAGUUUCUUCACUAGCUUCUGUUUCCAGCCAAAGAAACCUUUUUGGCAGACAGGACAAAAUUCACAAACUAGACUCUAGUUACUUCAAAAACAGAGGGAUAUACACUCUAAAUGAACAUGACAAAUAUAGCAUAAGAAAUCAUGGCUACAAGCCUCAUUUUAUUCCAAAUUUUAAUGGUCCAAAUACAGUCCGUCAGUACCAAUCCAGUCAAUUAAAUGAAAAUUGGAAGAGGCAUAGUUAUGCUGGGGAACAGCCAGAAACAACACCAUACCUGCUGCUUAACAGGGCUCUGAAUCGAAACAUCAAUCCUCCAGGUAAUUGGAAAAAGCCUUCGGAUAGUCUGAGUGUGGCAUCCUCAUCACGAGGCGGCUAUGCAGGUCACCGUAAUACACCUGCCCAGAGUUUUGCUGAUCGGCUUGCCCAGAGAAAAACAACAAAUCUCGCAGAAAGGAACUCAAAUGUGCGGCGGUCUUUUAACGGGACAGAUAAUCAUAUUCGCUUUUUGCAACAGCGAAUGCCAACCCUUGAACAUACCACAAAGUCGUUCUUGCGUAACUGGAGAAUCGAAUCCUACUUAAAUGAUCAUUCAGAAGCUGCACCUGAUUCAAAUGGAUCGGCUCUAGGUGACCGGUUUGAGGGCUACGAAAGUUCUGAAAAUUUGAAAGCCAACGCCCUUUAUACUCAUUCUCGGCUUCGUUCCUCUUUUGUGUUUAAACCCACUUUACCUGAGCAGCAGGAAGUUAACAGUUGUACAACCGGCUCCUCAAAUUCAACUGUCGUCGGUUCCCAGGGAAGUGACACACCUAAGGAGGUCCUGGACACCCCUACGAGUGUACAGCAUGUGACAGACAAGCCCUUGCCGGAAUCAACCCCGAAGCUCCCAUUGCAGUCGGAGGCACCCAAAAUGCACACCUUGCAGGUUCCCGAAAACCACUCAGCUGUCUUACAUCAAACUACAAAUGGCCAUCCAGAGUCAAACAACUAUUUAUAUACAUCCUUGUGUGUAAAUAAGCAGACAGAAAAUCCAAAGAAUCAACAAAAUGAGAAUCUGCUCAAAAGGCGAAGUUUUCCAUUCUUUGACCACUCAAAAGCCAAUUUAGAUCAUGGACACAGUAAGCAUUAUGUAUAUAGUACACUCACCAGGAGUCGAGUUAGACAACCAGAAAAACCCAAAGAGGAUUUGCUGAAAAGUUCUAAGAGCAUGCACAAUGUGACUCAGAGCGCGGAAGAGGACAGGGAGGUCAUCAAGAGAGACCCUCCGAGUGGCACUACCACCAAGUCAAUUUCCAUUGCUGCUUUGCUUGAAAUGAAUAAAGAUGAAGCUAGCAAAGAACUGACUUCAAAAAAGGAAGUUAAAGGUUCGCCAAGUUUUUUGAAAAAGGGGUCUCAGAAGUUAAGGUCAUUACUUAGCCUUACCCCAGAAAAGAAAGAAAAUCUGUCCAAAAAUAAAGCACCUGCCUUUUAUAGAAUGUGUAGCAGUUCUGACACGUUAGUUUCUGAGGCUGAAGAGAAUCAAAAAACAAAGAAGUCAGAACCAAAAAUUGAUUCAUCUCCCAGAAGAAAGCGUUCUUCCUCAUCAAACUCUCAAGGCAGUAUUCACAAGAGUAAGGAAGAUGUAACAGUUAGCCCAUCCCAGGGGAUCAGUUCUCCAUCCGAGGAAGGUAGUAAAACAAUACCUUCUUCAGGUCCAGUUGAGAACAAGUUCUUGGAAAGGGCAGGUGAUGCUUCUGCCCCUAGAUUUAACACCGAGCAGAUCCAAUACCGAGAUUCAAAGGAGAUUAAUACAGUUCUUGCUCCUGAAAGAAAACCAGCUUCUUCUCCAAGACCAAAGCCCAAUGAGCUUCUAAGAUCUCACUCAACUGACAGGCGCGUUUACAGUCGUUUUGAGCCAUUUUAUAAGAUUGAAAGCUCUAUUCAGCCUGCAAGCAACCUGCCAAAUACUGGUGUGCAUCGCCCAGAAAUAAAAUCCACAACUGUGGGCAAUAGUUAUGGCAGGUCCAGCCCACUGCUUAAUUACAAUACUGGCGUAUAUCACUCAUACCAGCCAAAUGAAAACAAGUUCCGAGGAUUUAUGCAGAAGUUUGGAAACUUCAUACACAAAAAUAAAUGA